AUGGCGACGUGCAUCCCACGGCACCACGGCGCACAAGCGCCCCCCUCCGCCCUCCUGCCAUCGAGACCUACGCGCCAUCUUCGACUGUUCCGGCCUCAUGCCUUCCCAUCGCCUCCUCUACGGCGCGUGUCCCUUCGGGCCUUUCGGCGCGCCGACUUUGACGGCUUCGCCAGGAAGGUGGCGUCCGGCGAUGCCUUGAGGGACGCGUGGAGGAGCGCCAACAGGGGUUUCGAGCAGCUUUCCUACGAGUCCCGCAAGUUCGCUGAGCGUAUGGACCGCCAGUUCUCUGUCUCACGCCGAUUUGAGUCGGCUGCCCGGACCACCCUUGAGCGGGUGCGCGAGCUCGACUAUGAGCUCGGUAUUGGGAGGAGGUGGAGAACGCUCUCUAUGGAUUUCUCCCGUAACUGGCCUAGGGUUGGUGCUCUGACUUGCGACCAAGUGGCCCCAAUCUGAUCCCUUUCCAUGUUGCUCUUAAAUUUGCCUUUCCGUUUAUAUGAUGCUUAUUUUGGAUAAUUAUUGUCAAAUUUUACGUCUCAUCUUAUUAUUUUUGACAGUACAGCAAGGAGUUGAAAAGCUUUGCGGACACACCACUUGGUAGGGCGUUUGUGGUGAGUAUAUGGUCAAUAUUAGCUGAUUUCGAUCUCAGAUAGUGGUAGUAUUAUAUUUUAAUUUUCUUCAGUUCCGUCGGAUGACGUGCUAUGAAAAUCAUUAAUGAUGUAUACUAUCAUUUACCACAAUUGUUCAUUUUUUUUUCCUGAAGAAAGAAAGAGAACUAAAUGAAUUUUGUUACGUUCUUUCGGCUUCUGGUCGCUCAAUUAUAGUGCUUCUUACCUCACCAUCAAUGUGGGAGAUUGCAGAAUGCGGGUGGGUUGUGGAAGUAAUUAAGAAGUUUUUGAAAGUGACAGAUUAGGAUGGAUUAGAUGUAUGAAUUUUAUUACUCGCCUACUUAGGACGCAUCCCACUGGUAUCAUUCGAAGUACCGAUCGUAGCAAGUGCUGAUCCCACUGGUACCAGGGUAGGCAAUAAGGCGUCCAUGAAUGAUGAUGGCAUGUGGAGGCUGACAACUUUGCUCAUAUUCCAUUGUAGAUGUAAAGAGAAAUCGCUUCCAUCAAGAAUUUUCUUGUCUAACAAGAUCCAUGUCAAAAGGUGGAUCAUUAUGGAAACUAAAUCAAGGAAGGAAUCCAUUAAAAAGUUCCAUGUCGUUUCUCCAUUCUUGAAAACGAUAAUGCUCGAUUUUUUCUUUGAUACUUUGCAAGUAGUUGUCAGGCGUUAUGCACAAUUCUAGUGGUAGCACAAUUCACGGACCAAGAUCGAGCUGUGUUGAUUGGUUGCAAAAUUGGACAUCCUUUUAUCAAGUUCUAGCGGUAGCUUUGUCAGAUGGAUCCUUGUACGGGUUUGGAAGAACCUGGUCUGUGAGUUUGACUGGAGAAUGGUGGAAAGGGAGGCCAAAGCGCUCAAAGUUGAUGGAAAAUGUGUCCUAUUUGAGUCCGUCCUUUCAAGCUUGCUACCCUCGUCACAAAAUGAGGAAGCAUAGAAAAUAAUCAACGUCAUCGAAUUCUGUUCUCUUGAAAGAAUAAUGCCUUGUGUAAUGGCUGUAUCUUGUACAAUGGGAUGGGGUCUCAAAUACAAGAAAAAGCUGAAAUGGGUUUCAUUAAGAUCAUAUUUUAAUAAAUCUCCUCUUGGAAAGUUCCGUUUUGAAUGGGGAAGAGGAAGAUCCCCUCCGACCAUAGAUCCUGAGGACAAAUUCCAAAGGAGUAGGCAACAAUGGAGAUGGGAAAUCAAACCCUGUUUUCAGUUAUCCAAUACAUGAAGAGCAAUAGUGAUGGAAGAUCCACAGUUCUGUGGAGAAAGAUGCUAUUCUUUAGAAAGAUGCUAUAGUUUAAGCGAUUGCUGAAAGUUGUGGUUUUUCUCUGGAAACUGGCACAUAGAGAUCUGUGAGAAAAACUUGUGCCUAUUGCUAGUGCUGAUGGUCUCGUAGCUAAUCUGGCUGGAAAGGAAUAGGACCAGAUUUCAAGCUUAAGAAAACUGUAAAGUUCAUCAUUAACUUACGACAAGCAGCUUGUCUAUCUACAUUUCGAAGAUAUGUUGGCGGUUAAAGCUUUACUUGACAGUUGGUGUUGCUUCUUUAUGUAGACCUUAUAUCAUGUCUGUUUUGAGGGAAUCGUGUUUGCCACUCAUCCCUUUGACAAGAAACCAAAAUUAUACUGCAGAAAGUGGGUUGCAAGGGACUGCCUACAUGAAAUAUAGUCGUACAAUUCAAAUGAUUAUUCAAUUAAAUAUGUUUUCUUUAGACAGACCAAGGAAGCCAUCAACUGUACGUUUGGAGAAUGUGGGAUAAUGGAAAUUCUAUCGAAAUAUGCUUUCAGGAGUCAGAUCAGAUGUGAUGUGAUUAGUGAGAGUAUGCUCUUGUAGAAUCUGGUGGAUGAAAAAUAUCUUGGCUGUAGUAGUUACCCAUGUUGAAUUUCUUCGCUGUGUAGUAUCACAUCGAAAUGGAAAAGGCAGAGUAGCUAUAGCUCAGUAUUGACUGGGGUGUUUCGACCUUGGGAUCUAGCAGUUGUUGCUUAUGUGGCUCGUGGAAAGAUAGAGCUUUUGGUUUUCUGUAUGAGCUCCUUCUACCUAAAUCCCAGUUGAAGCACCCGAAGGAGAAUUUCGUGCCUUUCUAGUCACUAAUGGAAGUAGUUGUCCUUACCGUCUUAAAAUAGGUUGGCCUGGCUCUGCCCUUUUACCUGUAGUGUUUUAGGAGACUCUUUGCUGGGUUAACUCCACCUAUUAUAGCAGCUGCAAACUAGGUCACGAUGGUUCAACAAGAAAUCAAGGAACAUCUGUACCGGAUCCUCACAUGAUUUUAUGUUGUAAGCUAUCUGGAUAAGCUACCAUGUAUAUCUGUCUGAGGUUCUCAUACUGCCUUUAGUUAAUGGGUUCUUGGUGGUAUGCUAGGCAAAUAUCCUUCAGCAUCGGGUAGGUUUCUGCCAAGUUAUUUUGGAUUUAUAUGCACGUAUAAUGUCAUUUGCACAUCAUAAACCUGUCAGGCCUCAUGGAUAUUCCAGAAAGCCCAAGAAACUCUUCUCAGACAUCUUGGGCGUUACACAAAAGUUUGUGUGGGGUCCCCUGGAUGGGGGAUGUGUGGGUGGGUGGGCUGCUAUCUUCCUGCCACUUGACUACUCCUAUGAUCUCUAUGCGCCUGCUGUUGGAUCAUGCUACUUUUGCUUUUUUUUUUUAUUUCGUCUAUAAACUCUUUGAAAAGCAACCUAUAACUUUUCAGAUUCCUUACUUUCAAGUAAAUGGAGUUGUAUUACCAUUGCUGUACCAGUUUUAUUGAAUCCAAUUAUAAGAACUUAGAAAGUCUUCAUAUUUUUGCCCUCUCUCACAAUCAUCAAUUUUUAGUAGGCCAUGUGUGAGGCUUAUUUUGUAUGCUUGAGUGAUUGUACGACUUCAAUGGUCUUUGUUGUUCUUAUCAUGCCUUUCUUUUAUGUAGACAAUUUUUUUCCUGUGGUUUGCACUAUCUGGAGGACUGUUUAACUUCUUAGCACUGGCGACACUAUUGAUCCCGGUUUCCUCUUUCAUCCUGGGGAAUAUUGCCAAUAAAUUAGUCAUUCAGGUAAUCCUUUAUCAGCUUCGUGACUAUAAUUGAGUUCCAGUACUUCUCUUUCUCUUCAUACAGAUGUAGUGUGUUGCCUUGAGAUUUUGUCGACUUCUGCAGUGAUAGUGUUUCUUUGGCUGCUAUUAUGUAACAAUAUUUCUUCAUCUCCAAAGUGUAAUGUAGAUCAUUCAUUAGCAGAUACAAUCACUGAGAUUUAUAUUUUGUAGAACUAGGACAACUAGUAUCCGGUAGUAGAAUCAACCUCCUUCAUAUGAUGCCAUAUAGACUAUUAUGCAAGUACUUGAUAUUGAUCUCAGCUUAAUCAAUGGCGACAUUUGCUUUUCCAUCUUACCAAUACAGUCCACAUUAACAUAAUAGUUUUCAUUUUUCUCUCUUUUCUGGAGGGGGGACAAUGUCUUCUUUGUUUGAUAUGCAUUGUCCUUCCCAAUAAUGGCUUACCAAAUUAGAUCAGGUCCGUAAGUCAGCCAAAUCCUCUUAUCUCAGGAAGGCAACCUAACGUGGCUAAAAUAUAGAAACAGUAUUGGUUCAAUUGACAAUUUAUGUUUAUAAGUAAUUAUACUAAAAUAGAGCAAAUGAGUGUGAAAGGGCCAGGUAAGCCUAAAGCCUGGCUUGAUAUCUAUGUAGACUGGGUCUAGACUAAAUAGAGUCAGUGGCUCUCUCUUUCUCUCUCUCUCCCUCUCCUCUCUCCAUCUAAACUGCAAACCCCCGUCUUCCUUUUUUCACGUUCCUCUCAGUCAGGUGGCAACUCAUCUUAUUCUUCAUUCAUUCUUCCCUCUGAGUAUAACCCCUCUCUGCUUUCUAGCAGAAGUCUCUCUUUAUUGACUCUUCUUCCUUAACUCCCUGCAACUCAUCUCCACCCAAUCUGACUGCACAUCUUUCUUUGGCAGUUGGGCUCCACCCCCUGCUCUUCCUCUCCCCAUGGGCCCCCUUGAUUCACCAUCCCUCUUUUAUUGCUCGAUGCAUGUAUGCCAUUUCCACUUAUAGCCAGCGUUCCAGAGUUUUGUCUUUCCUAUGCAAGCCAUGUUUAAUAUAGCUGUCUGCCACGUGUUUUACAGAUCUCCUUCCUGGACCAUUCAAGAAGAAUGAAAGUUGUUUGUCAAGCUUUUCUCCCGAGCAUACAGACUUUUUCGUGUUUCCCGGCCCCCAUGUUCAAACCAUCAAGUCAGGAGAUUAAGUCCCUAUUUACGUUAAGUUCCAGAAAUUUCAGCUAUUCUGGAAUCCCGAGUCAAACUGCAGACUUCAUUCUGUCAGUUCCAAAGAGAAAAUCAUACCUGAAGGUUGAUUAUCCCAUCAAACGUGUUCUUGUUCACCCCGGAUUAUUUUAUUUACCAGAGUUGCUGAUCAUAGCUCACACCUGGGGUGUGAGCUUUCUACUGAUCUCGGAGUCUUUUUUGUUUCAUGUUUCCAUGAAAAUUUAGGUUAUACCUCAGUGAAUUCUCAAUGAGAGGAAACAAGGAUUAUUCUUUCAGUUAGAUAUGAGAACAAACCCUUAUCAAGGUGCAUCAAAAGUUAAAGAAAAAAACAGCAGGACAAGAAAAUCUAACGCAAUUACCUCAAAUAACAUUAAAUAUGAUAGCUUUAGUAAUCUACAGCAAAGCUUAAUAAUGUUCACAGAGUGUUGCAAAAGAAAGCAUUGCCAACAACACCAGCAGCCAUUGGUGACGGUGAAACAAUACCAGCCGGGGAAGCUACAGACUGCUGUAGGCUAGUAGCUUCAGAAACCGGCAGGGUAGCACCUCCCACUGGCUCUAACGGUGUUUCGUUGGGUGCUGUACAUCAGCUGCAGAAGGUCCUUGUGGCUUAAGACGAACUAAAACUCGGUCAGGCAGGAUGAUCAGCACCACGCAGUCCCAAAGCUGAAUAAGUGGGCAAGAUGAGUGUCUUAUUAGAUUUCUUGGCUCGGUGGAUCGGAGAUUUUGUGUAUCUGUCUUCCUUGAAACUCAGUGACACUUGGAGAACGUAAAAUAGGAAGCUGAAACCCUUUAACAAGAUUCUUUUCUUUUCUUCUUUUUUUUUUGUGAAGAGGGCUAUGAAGCACUACUAUGAUAGGAGAAAAAAAAGCCUAGGGAGAACAACGUACCAAACAGAAGAACAAAGUACAGGAAGGUUUUUUUUAAAAAAAAACUGCGAAAAAAUAAAUGUAAAAAAGGAAAAAAAAACACCAUAUGAGACCUCUCUGCCCCUCAACACGUUUUGAAUGAGAAGCCUUCCUGUGUAGGUGCAUUACUGCUGAGGGGAAUAGCAGAGCACAAAUUUGAACGCUCUUUCCGAUUUUAACAAUCAAUUGUUUCGUGGAAUCCAUGUUUUUGAUGCUGAAGUUUCUUGAUGCCAGCUAGUUUUUCCUGUAAACGGCAGAUAUAAUUGUUUCUGCAGUGACCUGUCAUCAUCUCCGUGAAAUUCAAAGCAUUGACAGAGGACAUGAAAUCUUAGAAACUAAUGAAAUUAUAUAUAGUUUUACUUGGGGCAUCACACCCAACUGAUCAUUCUAUUUAUUGUGUUUCGCUUGACUCGCCUCUGGAUGAUGUUUCUGGGUUAAUUUUAUGACAGGGGACAUGUCCUGCUUGUCGGACUCAGUUUGUGGGCAACCGAAACCAAGUUGUCCAGUGCAGAGGCUGCGGCAACAUCGUGUGGCAGCCAAAACAAGACUUUUCACGGGGAAAGGGAAACACCAAGCGGUCCUCAAAUUCCGAGCCUGACAUCAUCGACAUUGAGAUUGAGGAGAAAUAA